AUGUCGACUUCCAAGGUCAAGGCCGGUCAGCUCUGGGGCAAGAGCAAGGAUGAGCUCAGCACGCAGCUUGAGGAGUUGAAGACUGAGCUGAGCCAGCUCCGCGUUCAGAAGAUGGCCAGCGGUGGCUCCUCGAAGUCUCAGAGAAUCCACGACGUUCGCAAGUCGAUCGCCCGUGUCCUCACCGUCAUCCACGCCAACCAGCGCGCCCAGCUGCGUCUCUUCUACAAGAACAAGAAGUACCUUCCUCUCGACCUCCGCCCCAAGCUCACCCGUGAGCUCCGCCGCAAGCUCACCAAGCACGAGUCCUCCCUCAAGACUGAGAAGGCGAAGAAGAAGCAGAUCCACUUUCCCCAGCGGAAGUACGCUGUUAAGGCUUAA